AUGGAGGCGGCGACGGCCAUGGAGUUCCACACCCUCUCGCGACGGGAGCUCCAGGCGCUGUGCAAGCGCAACGGCGUCCGCGCCAACAUGACAAACGCCGCCAUGGCCGAGGCGCUCCAGCGCCUAGAUUCGGUCGACGGGAUCGACGAGAUCGGCACGACUCUCUGUCACCCGACGCCAGGAAGGUCGGCGAUGAAGUCGGCGGCGAAGAUGGUGGCCGUCGAGGAGCAGCAGCACGGUAGCCCGCUCCCCCGCGGCCGCCGCGUAUCUGUGAAAUCACCAGAGGCCAUCCGGAUGGAGGUUGAAGGAGGAGCGGACGAGAUGAAGGAGAUCGUGAAGACUCCCGGCGUGGCGCUGCGCAGCACCCGCCGCGGCACUCGGGCCACGCCCGCGCCGCUUCCUACUCCGGUGCCGGCGUGCAGUACGCGCGCAACAGCGAGGAGGACCGCCGCUCGUAAGACGGGCGAGGUGGCGCCGACCCCAGCCACCUGGAGGAGCCAGAGGACGGCGUCUCGCAAGGCCGCGGGGGCAGUGGAGGCGGGCCGACCCGCCGAAGAUGUACCCGAGGAAAAGACAUCGAAGAUGACGAUAGCUUUGGAUCAGGAAGCCGAAGUGGUGGCGGCCGCAUCGAAGGAGAAGGUGCAGCAAGGCGAACCGAAAGCUGCUGUCUCGGAUGUGAAAUGUGAUGGCCCAAAGGAGGAGAAGGGGCAGCAAGAGGAACCAAAGGUUGUUGCCUCGGAUGUGAAAUGUGACGAGGAGGAGGAAAUUGCCAAGUUUUUGGAAGGAGACAACAAAGAGAAGGAACUGGAGGAGGGUGAGGAAGCUGAUUCUUCUGAUGCAGCCACAGCGUCUGCAGCUGUUUUGGUUCAGAGCUGCAAUGAUCCUAAGGUGGAGGAAGUGGUGGUUGUCAUGGAGGAACAGUCCACAAAGCCCCACGAAGGAAUUGUGAAAGAGCUGGAACCUAUCAGUGUUGAGAGAUCUGCUCUUUUGACAGUCAUGGAUGAUUCACCCAUCCUAGGUGUCAUUGAGAAGGAACAGGAUGCCUCGGUUGAAGAUUGUGAGGACCUGGCUGAAUUCGCACCUGCAAGGGAGAUGACUGAUGAGAUCAUUCCUGUUACUGAAGAUAAGGAAGUGGCCAUCAGGGAGGAGGUUGUUACUGAAGAUAAGAAAGUGGCCAUCAGUGAGGAGGCUACUGAAGAUAAGGAAGUAGCUAUCAAUGAGGAAGUGGACGUCAAUGAGGAGGCCGUCAAGGAAGAUGGUUUUGCUAACACUGUUGAGACUGAUCCUACCCCAGAGGAGAUUCUGACUGCUGCGGGAGAAGAUGAGGCCAUUGAGGAAGGUGAAGUCAUACUCACUGAAGGCAAAGAAGGUGCUGCUGAUGAGAUGCCACAGGCUGGUGAGACCAGUGAAGAAGAUGAGGAAGAUUACCUCACUGAAUUGAAACAAGGGGCUGCUGAUGAGGUGGCUGAGCUGGCAGAUAAUGAAACAAGUGAAGAAGAUGAAGAUGACCUAACUGCAGAGAGAGAAGGAGCUGCUGCUAAGAUGCUGCAGGGUGAACUGACAGACGAUGAGGCCAGUGAAGAAGACGAUCUCGACGAAGAUGAGGAAUGGGCUUCAGAUGAUGAUGAGACCACUGAGGAAAUUGGCUCUACUGAUGAGAGCGAUGAAGAUACUGAUGGGACCAUUGGUGCAGUCCAAAUGUUGCAGGGAACUGGGAUAGCUGAAGAGGCCAACGAAGAUGCCUCUACUGAAGAUGAUGAUUUCAGUGGCGACCUACCACCAGAGUUUGACAAUAUCAUGGUAUUCAGUGAUGCUGAAACUGAGAGUGACAUUGCUGCUCCAGUGCUCGAGGAAAACCAGGCUGCUGUUGCAUCUGCAACCAAAACUGCAAAGUCUCUGGAUGAUUCUGCCAUGAGUUUAGAGCAGGAGGAGGGUCCUGAGGAGGCUGAUGCUACUGAAAAAGCAUUGAAAGCUACUGAAAAAGCAUUGAAAGAGGUUGACAACAUUGUGAAGUCCCUGGAUGAGUUCACCUUCAAGGAGGGAGAAUCAGAGGAGAUGCAGAAGCAGCAGCCACAGGAUUAUAAUAGCAUGAGCCUAAGGAAGCUUAAAAGCACGUACAAGAAAUGUCUUAUUGCUGCAAAGGAAGGGAAGCAGGAGGAGGUCACCGAAGGGAAGAGGCUUCCUCUCGAGGAGGUGGAUGAGAACGCCUGCAUCAACCACUGA